GCCGACGUUUGGUCGUUUGGUUCUCGAUCCAUGGUCACCAGCAAACAGCGCCCGGCCUCCCAGGCGACAGCGUCCUACCAGUCGCUACCCACGACGGACCACAAGCCUCCACGCACGUCCUCUGCUGUCCACCCAUAUGACCAAGCCAGCUUUGUGUCGAAACUCCUGUACAACUGGGCCACGCCGCUGCUGCAGUUGGGCAACCAGCGGCAGCUCAACCCGGUAGACUUGUGGCCGCUGCAGCCAGCUAACCAAUGCCAUGUUGUGAGUGCGUCGUUCGAGCCGCACUUUCGUCGCCACCGGUCGCUCGUCCGCACCAUCUUUGCCUCGUACGGCGGUCGUUUUGUCGGCAUUGGGCUGCUGCAAAUUCUGUCCGUCGGCUGCACCUUGUACGGCCCCGUCGUUCUCAAGCACAUUUUGAGCGCUUUGGAAGACGACACGUCCUUUGAUAUGCACGCCGUGCUGCAGUACAUUGUCACGCUGUUUGCUGCGAACGUCGCCCAGGCGUUUAUCUCUGCCCAUUCGACGUUUCAGAACCAACUGGUCACGGUCAAGCUCACGUCCGCGCUGCAGCACUUGCUGUUUCACAAAUCGCUGGCGUUGGACGCCAAGUGCCGCCGCGAAAAGACCGCGGGGGAGAUCGCCAACAUGUUUUCCGCCGACAUCCAGUGGAUCCUCAAUUUUUCCAUCUUUGCCACACAGUUGUGGCUCAUUCCGGUCCAAGUCGCUGUGACAUUGUUCAUGCUGUUCGACGUGAUUGGAUGGGCGACGUUUGUGGGCGCUGGCGUGAUCAUAGUCGUGCUCGUGAUCAACAACUUUGUGGUCGUGGCCCAGCGCCGCAACUACGUGGCGCUGCGAGGGUACCAGGACACGCGCAUGAAGUCUGUCAACGAAAUGUUUGGCGCUAUGCAAAUCAUCAAGCUGAAUGCAUGGGAAGAAAAAUUUCACGACAAAAUCAAGACCGAGCGAGCUGUCGAACUCAAAACUCUCUGGCAGAUCUUUUCCCUGUCCAGUUGCAUCACGGCGCUGCUGUACGGCGCGCCGGUGGUCGUUACCAUCGCGUCGUUCUCAACGUACACGCUGGUCAUGGGCGAGACAUUGAACGCGACCAAGAUGUUUACGGCGCUCACGCUGUUCAAUUUGCUCAAGCUUCCACUCAUGACUUUGCCCAAAAUCAUUGCCAGCAUGAUGCAAGCGCUGGUGGCCCUUCGCCGCAUCAUGGAGUUUCUGAACUUGGACGAAAAGAAGACGCACACUGUGCUAACCCCUUUGUCUGCGCCCUUGGAAAUGGUGGAAGUGUACGCCAGCGGCAAUGUCGACAUUUGCGUGGACAAUUGCAGCUUUGGCUGGGACGCUGGCAAACCUCUGUUUAAGGACGUCAACUUGACCGUCAAGCGAGGGGAGCUUGUGGUUGUGCAUGGGUCGGUGGGCGAAGGCAAGUCGUCGCUGUGUGCCGCCUUGUUGGGGGAAAUGGACAAGUUUGGGGACGGCACUGUGUUUGUGGGCGGCCAAGUCGCGUACUUUUCCCAACAGGCGUGGAUUCAGAACAUGACCAUCCGUGAAAACAUCCUCUUUGGCAAGCCCUACGACCGCGUCAAGUACACCAACGUGUUGGAAGCAUGUGCGCUUUCGAAAGAUCUGGCGCUGUUUGCCGCCGGUGACCGGACCGAGAUUGGCCAGAAGGGGGUCAACUUGUCGGGGGGACAGAAGGCCCGCAUCAGCUUGGCCCGGGCGUGCUACAGCGACGCCGACAUUUUCAUCCUGGACUCGCCCUUGUCUGCUGUGGACGCGAUCGUGCAAAACGAGAUUUUCACCAAGUGUUUUCUCGGAUUGCUGCGCCACAAGACAGUCAUAUUGGUGACGCACUCGCCGGAAAUCAUCGCGUCCAAGUGUAUCGACCGGAUUGUCGAAAUCAAGAGCGGCCACCUGAUUCAAACCACAGUCGACAACACAAACAAGCCCAACCAGCCAAUGCUCACACCCCCGCGCGCCCGCCGCCGCGGCGACCACGAAGACAAAGACAACCACCACCAAUACCGGGAACAACCCAGCCAACACAAGCAGAGCAACAUCCUGCUAACCCCGUCAGUGGCAACGCCGUACCCCCAGCAGUUUGAGCACGGCACCCCCACAACGCAGCCCAAAGAAACGGGCACCGCCACGCAGAACGACCAGAACCACCCCACCGGCAAACACGACCAACAAGAACAACGCCCCCAAGCCACCAACGCAUCCAAAGCAUACGACAAAGACGUGCAAGCGAGGAAAAAGGGGAAAAUGCGGGUUGCAGGGGUGGCCAUAUGGCAAGGCCGGAAGAUGCCCGCAGACGCGAGCCACAGUCGCCGCAGCGCCACCAGAAAGGAGACCAAAACCGCCACGCCCGACGAAUACCUCCACCAAGCAGGGUACUACUUGUCCAUCUACGCUGCCUUGGCGCUUGGCAGCAUCACCAUGACGAUGGUACGAACGCUGUCCAUCUACUCGUCGGGCCUGCCCGCAUCCCGCCGGCUGUUUGAGAACAUGACCAAGGCACUCAUCCGCGCACCCAUGACAUUCUUCGACACCAACCCCAUCGGCCGCAUCCUCAACCGGUACUCGAACGACAUCAACACGGUCGACACCACCAUACCGUUCAACAUCAGCGCGUCCAUGGCGAUGACAUUCAACGCCAUCUUUGCACUCGCCACGACCAUCUGGGUGCUCAAGUCGUGCGGGCUGGCGAUGCUGCCCCUCAUCUACGUGUACAAGGUCAUCGGGGCAUACUACGUCCAACCGGCGCGGGAAAUGGAGCGCGUAAACAAAACGACCAAGUCCCCACUCCUGAAUUUGAUCUCCGAGUCGAUUGAAGGCGCGCUCGUAAUUCGAGCGUUCGGCCCCAAGCAGGUGCGCCGGUUCCAGCGCAAACACUUUCGCAACGUUGACACUAACAACGAAGCAUCGUUUGCGGCCCAAGUGAUCACGCAAUGGUUUGCCAUGCGCAUUCAGCUCCUCAGCGCAAGACUCCUCCUGGGAAUGUCCACGGCGCUGAUCCUCAUGCGAGACUACGUGAGUCCAGGGCUCAUUGGGCUCGUGCUCAACUACUCCUUUACGAUACUGCCCACGUUCCAACAGAUGGUGGCCAACUGGGCCCAGCUCGAAACGGCCAUGGUCGGCCCCGAACGCCUCGCGGAAUACGCCAACAUUGAGCCCGAAGCCCCCCGUGUGAUUUCUGGCGCUGUAGCCAAGGACUGGCCCACGACCGGCGACGUUGCCUUUACCAACAUGAGUUUCCGAUACAAAGAGAACGAUCCAAUGGUGCUCAAGGACGUGAAUGUGCACAUUCAAUCUGGUGAAAAGGUCGGCAUUGUGGGGCGGACGGGGGCUGGCAAGAGCAGCCUGACCAUGGCGCUGUUCCGCAUCAACGAACUGGCGGGGGGCAGCAUCAAGAUCGACGGCGUCGACAUCUCCCAUGUUGGCGUCAAGACAUUACGGAGCAGCAUUGCAAUCAUCCCCCAGGCCCCCGUGCUGUUUAAAGGCACAUUGCGCAACUACUUGGACCCGUUCGGCGAGUUUGCGGACGCCGACUUGUGGGGUUGUCUGCACAAGGUGCGACUGGCCGACCGCAUCAGCGCCGUGGACGGCAAGUUGGACAGCCCCGUGGAAGAGAACGGAGAGAACUUUAGCGUGGGCGAGCGGCAGAUGUUGUGCAUGGCGCGGGCGCUACUCCGCCAAGCGCGCAUCGUCGUGAUGGACGAAGCCACGGCGGCCAUCGACCACGAGACGGACCAGAACCUUCAGCGCGUGAUCCGCACCGAGUUUGCGACGUCGACUGUGCUCACAAUCGCCCAUCGUCUGGACACGGUGCUGGACGCCGACCGCAUUCUUGUAUUUGACCAAGGCCGGCUGGCCCAAUGCGACACCCCCGCGGCGCUGAUCGGCGCAGGCGCCGGCAUCUUCUAUGAAUUGUGCAAAGAAGGGGGUUAUUUGGACAAGGUCCUUAGUUAGGAUUAAAAAAGUUGUAUACUAGUACGUUGAAUGGAUUAGUGGAGGCCGAUGUUUGAAGCCGCUAGUGUCGAACGCGUUGAUUGAUGACUCGUCCUUGGGUAUCAACUUUUGUAUGUUAGGUGACAAUUUGAAGUACA